AUGCGUUUCACGACCUCCCUCUUCGCCGUCGUCACCAUGUUCUGCGUACUCUUCCUCGUACAAGCUGCACCCGUGCAGCCACGGGACAAUGCUGAAGUGUGCGGCAAGAUCACUGAUUGCGAUGCUUGCGUGAAGAAGGAUAUCUGUGGAUUCACCUUCACACCCGCAAAUGCGUCGCGAGGGAUACACAUACAGGGGAUCUUGCGUCCAACGCUGCUCACCUUGAUGGACAUAUUGUCCAUUCCAGCACCCGCAGGAGGUGGCAACGAGUCCAGGGCAGACGCGGAGAAGAUCUGGAAAGGCAUGCAGAGUCAUGUCUUCGAUGGUCGCAGCGACAAAUCUACAUCCGGAAGACAUCUCACCUCGACCUGGUUCAAGACAAACAAAGAUUCUGGGGAUAUGGUCAUCGACACACAGACGUCGCUUGCAACAGUUUCCUUUGGAGGAGGAAAGCCAAAGAAGACAAAGACGCUGUUCAUCGAUGACAAAAGGACGGGGCUCGUCAACGGCAAGCAGCAAGUCUUCACCGGCAAGUACAACAGGGACAUAGUCGCGCGGAUGUGCACAGACGGAAUCGAGGAGUCGCUGAAGGAGAACAAGUCCAAGACGCUAUGCUGGCAGGGAACAACUCCUAUGCCGUGA